GAGUGGAGGAUCUGUUUGUGCUUUGGAGGGAGAAGUAGUGAUUUGUGAGCGCCUUUUGGGUAAGUGAAGGUGUCUUUGUAGUUGAAGGAAUGGAGGAUUUGGAGUGUUUCCUGAUGGAGGGGCCAGACAUUUGGCCAGGUUGUCCUGAGUUAGAGAACUCUUUCAGCUCUUCUUUGGAUGCUUGGUGGAAUGGCCACAUCUCUGACUUAGACGGCAAUGAUUUAAAUCUCACCUCUCUCUUGGAGGAAGGUGACUCAGUCCACCACCAGCAUUCCUCGUCUAUCGGUUCUACACACCAAAAUGAAGAACAGCAGCAGCAGCAGCAACGAGAACAAGAAGCAGAACAACAACAGCAGCAGCAACAACAAGAACAAGAAGCAGAACAACAACAAGAAGUUAAUAGGUUCCUUGAAUCAGAUGGCUUUGAUUCGGAACUCUUCUCCCUCUUAGAAGACGGAUCAACCCUCCGACCAUCAUCGUCAGUUGGCUCUAUAAACCAGAUUGAACAACUACAACAACAGUCAAAUGAUGACGAGGGAGCGGAAGAGGAAGAAUCGGAUAGUGAAGAUAAGAAGGCCAAUGCACCCAACAGUAAGAACUUGGUAUCAGAGCGAAAUAGGAGAAAACGGUUAAACCAGCAACUCUUCAGCCUGAGAUCUCUCGUACCAAACAUCACAAAGAUGGACAAGAGAUCUAUUCUCGUCGAUGCUCUAGCUUACCUACAAAGCAUUCUGCAACAAAUUGAGAGGGAGAAGGAGAAUAACAACAUCACAGAGGACUCUUCCUGCGACGAUGACUCCCUUGUUGUGCAGGAAGAAAUCCCACCAAUGCAACCUCAAGAAUUAUUUCCGUGCGAUUCUCCUCCAGCUAUAUCACAGAUUGAAGUGGAGAUGUUUGAUGAAGAGAGGUUUGUGCUAAAGAUCGGCUGCAAUAGAGCAAUGGGUGCACUGAGUCAAGUGCAGCGGGUGAUAGAAUCUCUAGGCUUAGAGAUCACUUGCAAUUCUGUCAACCAGAUCGACCGUGAUCACAUGAUCACCACCGCUUUCCUUCGUGUAAAGAAGAAAGGUGUUGUCACGGAAGAAAAGCUCAAGAAUCGUGCGAAAACAAUGGCAUUGAAAUUGGGUCUUCUUCUCCCAAAUCCCUCAAUUCAUUAGAUAUAAACCAUGGCAAUGGAAUUGCUUCUCCUCCUCCUUCCUGUUGUGAGUAGAUUGUAGAUUGUAAACAAUGGCGAUCGAGCAAUUCUAGCCGUCCAAUCAGGCUUCCAUCAGAAGGGCGAUUGAAUGAAAGGCAGUUUUCAUCAAAUGAAUGAUUGAAAACAAAAGGGUCAUCAGCUAAAGCUCAACAAGAGAAAUAUGAUGGACUAGAUAAUCAUAGGGGCACUUGUUUCUGCGGACUGGAUUAGUGUCCACAUAUGCCAUGCGUAUCAUGGAUGAGCUUCCAUAGUUACAAAACUGCAGCGGUUGCACA